CUGAUGGUGAGGACUGUGGAGGAGCAGAAACAUCAGGGCUUCUGGAAAGAACAGCUGCAUAUAAUGAAGAGGAGCGUGUUUGUUUGAAGAAAAGGAAGCAACAAAAGAAAACCCUAGGUGCUGUUUUCAACUCUAAAGAUGGACCGCACGGAUUAGAUGUCUCGCAGACGGUGCUGGUCAAAGAAGAAGCUCCCGAAGAGCAGAGGCCUGAUGUGGAUGUGCAUGAGCCAGAGACACUCAAAAUAAAGGAGGAAAACGAGGAACCUUGGACCAGUUUGGAUGGAGAGCAGCUUUACGUGAAGGACGAGACCGAUGACGUCAGGUUUGCUUGUACUACAGUUCUUCUAAAGAGUGAGGAAGAUGAAGAGAAACCUCUGUUAUUACAGCUGUGUCAGCACCAAGUGAAAGAUGAAGAUCUCUCAACCAGCRGCUCAGCUGAGCAGAUGGACGCAGUAGCUUGUGGAGAGGGCUGUGAAGAAGCUGAAACUGCUUGGAAUCCAGAUCUAAACACUUACGAAGAUGUUUCCAGAUCUUCAGAGACUGAGUAUCAGCUUAAAGACUUCUCAGAGUCGGGAUCAGAACCUGUAGACUAUGACAAAGACUGGAAGGAGAGCAGGACUCCUGAGUCAGGUGUCAACACAGUCAACACAUCUAGCAGCUUGUUUGAUUGUGGGGAACAAUUUCCUGAYGUUUCUUCAAGUUUUUUGGUUAAAAAUAAUUCUUUUAGGAGGAGGAAAACUGAAGACUCAAGCAAGAUGACUCUGUUUCGUCAGAAAUCAUUUAGUUGUGAUGUUUGUGAACAGAAGUUUGAAAAAAGGUCAAAUUUAACCAGACAUAUGAUGAUCCACACRGGGCAGAAACCAUUUGCUUGCGAUGUGUGYGAACAACGGUUUGGACAAAAGUCAGCUUUAAUCAGACACACGAGAGUCCAUUCAGGACAGAAACCAUUUGCUUGUGAAGUUUGUGGACAAAGGUUCGGAGAUAAGUCGAACUUGAAUUCACAUGUGAGAACCCACACAGGACAGAAACCCUUUGCUUGUGAUGUUUGUGGAAAAGGGUUUGGAGAUAAGUCGAACUUAAACUCACACAAGAGAGAACACUCGGGACAGAAACCGUGGGCUUGUGAGGUUUGUGGACUAAGGUUUGGAUUCAAGUCCACCUUAAACUCACACAUGAUGAUCCACACAGGACAGAAACCAUUCGCUUGUGAUGUUUGUG